AAAAAAACCAUAGAGAUAAGAAAAACAUUCAACUACCUUGUCUUCGGUUCUUGUUUCCCUCUCAUUCUGCCAUUUCCCACUUCGAACGAUGAAGACCCAUCUUCUUGCUGUGCUUCUGAUUCAUCUUUGUUUCCCCUUUGCCAUGGCGGAGAGCUCCGACCCUUUGAAGCUUACGUUUAAUGGCUCCGCCAAGCACUGGACUGAUGCCAUUCCUAUUGGCAAUGGGCGGCUUGGAGCGAUGGUUUGGGGCGGCGUCGACACUGAGAUUCUUCAGCUCAAUGAGGAUACACUUUGGACCGGAACUCCUGCGGAUUAUACCAAUCCAGAUGCUCCUGUGGCUCUGAGAGAGGUUAGAAAGCUUGUUGAUGAUGGAAAAUAUGCUGAAGCUACUGAAGCCGCCGUCAAGCUGUCGGGAAAUCUGUCUGAUGUUUAUCAACUUCUGGGUGACAUCAAACUUGAGUUUGAUGCAUCCCAUCAGUCAUAUACUCCAGAGACUUACCAUCGAGAAUUAGACUUGAAUACAGCCACAGCAAGAGUGAAAUACUCAGUGGGUGACAUACAAUUUACAAGGGAACAUUUUGCUUCUAAUCCUGAUCAAGUAAUUGUAACCAAGAUCUCUGCUACCAAACCAGGAUCCUUGUCAUUUUCAGUGUCCAUGAAUAGCAAGUUACAUCACACCUCACAUGUAGUAGAUGGCCAAAGUCUAAUCAUACUUCAGGGAAGCUGUCCAGGCCUGAGAAUCCCACCAAAAAUGGAUUUAGAUGACAAUCCCAAGGGCAUUCAAUACUCUGCUGUUCUUAGCUUACAGGUUAACAAUGGAAGUGGAGUAGUGCACGAUUUAGCUGAAAAGAAGCUGAAGGUUAAUGGCUCAGAUUGGGCUGUGUUGCGUCUGGUGGCUUCAUCUUCAUUUAAAGGGCCAUUUACAGAGCCUUCAUUGUCUGGGAAGGAUCCUUCUUCAGAGUCACUUGCUGCAAUGAUGAAGAUUAAAAACAUGUCUUAUUUGGAUCUUUAUGGACGCCAUUUGAAUGACUAUCAGAGUCUUUUUCAUCGUGUUUCAUUGCAGCUUUCAAAGGGCUCUAAGAAUGGAUCUUCUGGAAGGAAGGGAGAUAGAGUAGGUUCUACUGCUGAGAGAGUGAAGUCUUUUGGGAGUGAUGAGGAUCCAGCUUUGGUUGAGCUGCUAUUCCAAUAUAGUCGGUAUCUACUCAUUUCUUGUUCAAGGCCUGGAACUCAGGUGGCAAAUCUUCAAGGUAUAUGGAACAAGAACAUCGCACCAGCAUGGGAUGGUGCUCCACACUUGAACAUCAAUCUCCAAAUGAACUAUUGGCCAUCCCUUCCAUGCAACCUCAAGGAGUGCCAGGAACCAUUGUUUGAUUUCACAUCCUUCUUGUCUGUCAAUGGACGCAAGACAGCAAAAGUGAACUAUGAAGCAAAUGGUUGGGUAGCUCAUCAAGUGUCAGACAUCUGGGCAAAAAGCUCUCCGGAUCAAGGGCAGGCCGUUUGGGCUCUAUGGCCAAUGGGUGGAGCUUGGCUUUGUACCCAUCUGUGGGAGCAUUACACAUACACAAUGGACAAAAAUUUCUUAAGAAACAAGGCAUACCCUUUGAUGGAAGGAUGCACAUCGUUUCUGCUGGAUUGGCUAAUAGAUGGCAAGAAUGGAUAUCUAGAAACAAACCCAUCGACAUCCCCAGAGCACAUGUUUAUAGCUCCUGAUGGUAAGCCUGCUAGUGUGAGCUACUCAACAACAAUGGAUAUUGCUAUCAUAAAGGAGGUUUUCUCAGCCAUCAUAGCUGCUGCAGAGAUUCUAGGAAGAAGCAAGGAUACUAUUAUUGACAAGGUCCGGAAGGCUGAAGCUAGGCUAUUGCCUUAUAAGAUAGCUAGAGAUGGUUCUCUUAUGGAAUGGGCUAUUGAUUUUGAGGACCAAGAAGUGCAUCAUCGACAUGUAUCACACCUGUUUGGGCUGUAUCCAGGACACACCAUAACUGUUGAGAGAACUCCCAACAUUUCGGAAGCUGCAAAUAAUACUCUUCAUAAAAGAGGAGAGGAAGGUCCAGGAUGGUCGACUGCGUGGAAGAUCGCGCUAUGGGCUCGUCUUCGGAACGGCGAGCACGCGUACCGAAUGGUGAAGCAUUUGUUCGAGCUGGUGGAUCCAGAGCAUGAAAGUGAUUAUGAAGGUGGCCUGUACAGCAAUUUGUUCACUGCUCAUCCCCCUUUCCAAAUAGAUGCCAACUUUGGAUUCUCAGCUGCCAUUGCUGAAAUGCUGGUCCAGAGCACUGUCAAGGACCUGUACUUGCUUCCUGCUCUUCCCGGUGAUGUCUGGUCCGACGGUUGCGUUAAAGGCUUGAAGGCACGGGGUGGCUUGACGGUAAACAUCUGCUGGAAGGGAGGCGAUCUCGACGAGGUCGGUGUUUGGUCGUCGGAACAAAUUUCGGUUACAACAUUACACUACAGAGGGAGUAAAGUAGCAGCAAAUUUAACAUCUGGUAAACUCUACACUUUCAAUAAGCUGUUGAAAUGUGUUGGGACAUGCUUUCUUCUACCAAACAGCAAUGGAUUUCCAAAUCCUUGAAGAA